UCUCGUGCAGGAAUUACGAUUAUCCAAAAAUGCCGAAAAUAUUUCGAUACUACUAAAUAUCAAAGACAAUCAGCCGUUCUCAACGACACAGUCGAGAAUACGCUAUUACUUAACUCGAAAACAGAGAUCAUUCAAGCACAAUUACAACCCUUGGAUGUUUUGCUAUUUUCAGACGCUUCAUCACCUUCAAUUACUAUACAACUUUCAGACGUUACAGAUACUUUACCACCUGAAACCUCACCACAAACUCUUCGAGAAUUAGCACAUUUAUUAAAUACACCAAACAAGCGUCCAAUAGAGAAUGAAGAACUUUGGAAUUAUACUCAAAACAAUUUCGUUAUAUGUGCAUUUGCGUUUACAGCAAAAGAAUUGGAAACAAAAAUUGACAUAGAAUUCACCAAAGAAUUGUCCUCUAUAUGUGAUAGAAAUCCCGUUGUGUGGAAUUCUGCGUUAGAAGAGUAUAUAAAUACGACUCUCAAGGAAUCUGGCGAAAAGUUUAAGAAUGCAAUUAGAAAUAAGUAUUAUAAAGAUAUCGAUGAAGAUGUUGGUCCCACUAUGGAUAGAAAGAUGAGCGGGCGAAAGCAUAUAGUUUACCAAGUAUCAGCACUAUUAAAAUUUUAUGAAAGAACGUUUCUAACCUUGGAUAUUGAUUGGAUUGAGUCUCAUUUCCAUCCGGCAAAAAUGAUGAAGUCGGGAUCAAAUUCUGGCAUUGUUCUAGUGGAUGCAAAGGUGACAAGGUUCUCCGAUGGGCUUGACGUUUGGCAUUUAGAGGUUGCGGGUCCUCCCUAUAAUGUACCCAAUAAACAUGUUAUAGAUUCUCGAUUAACACUAUAUUCAUUAAAUAUCCUCCCCGAUGGACGCUUCCUGUCAUGUGAACUUGCUACCGCCGUCAUUCCCUUCAGUCUUAACAGACGGCAUCAAUAUAAAUCAGUUCUCAGAAUGAUGUCUAUAUUCCAUGAUGAAUUAAUUAAGCAGGAUGAAUUAUUAGAAGAAAUCAACAGGUCAAUACUUCGUUCUGAAAAUAUUACAGUACGUCAAGUGUUAAAGAUACCUAGAUUAGA